AUGGCGGAGGCGACCAAUGCCCGGACAGCCGCCGCUGGAGGCCGAGGAGGGGGAUCCCAGGAGCUGGCAUGGCUGAAUGAGCCCGAGGACAGAGAGGUUGAGUUUGGGGGCGAGGACAACCUCCUGAGAGGCGGACGCCCCGACGCGCGGGACCUGGAGUCCGGCGGCACCGUGCUCGGAAGAGCCAGCGACCUUCCCAUCUCGGUGCGGCGCUCGCCGGACGGCGACUCGCAGGCGGCCCAGGACCGCCCCCGGAAGCGGCUCCACAAGGUGUGGCCUGCGAGGAAUAAGUUCUUCUGCAAGGGCAUGCUGAUGACGGGUGGAGAGACGGAGAUGGGCAUAACGCCGAACUGCUCGGUCCCCAACUUGUGCGCCUGGACCUGCAUCCUCGUGCCGUGCUCGUUGUACUUCUGCAUGGUCUUCCCGCACUUACUGCGGCAGGGCGCGGUCGCGAUGCCGGUGGCUACGCUGGCGGUGUUCCUGAUGACCACUGGGUUUCUGCUUGCCACUUGCUGCUCGGACCCGGGCAUCAUUCCGCGUCGCGAGGUGAUCCUCGCCACGGGCUGCGCGGAGCGGCUGCAGGCCGCGCUCGGCUACGACCCGCUGCUUGACAGCAAAAUCAUACCGCGCGACGGGAGGACCCGCCGGGAGGUCGCGAAAUGUGCACCUACCGGGUUCGCAGCGACGACGACGACGAUGACGACGCCGAGAUCCGGGCGUAUCAAUGUUUUUGUCAGAACGGGUGUUUUCGCCUGGUUUCGGGCACUGGGACCACCACAGGUUGUUCCGGCUUGA